GUAUCACAACGAUUUUUUAUUUUAUUUGAAUAUGUGUUCGUGUUAUCAUGUGGUUUUGACAUUUUGUAUUAUCCGGACGCGGUGUUUUUCUAUAUCAGUGCGGAAAAUUGUCCAGUGAAAAGUUAUGAAUUUUCCACCGAAUUUGAAUGAGCCUCCGCCGGGAUAUCCCCAUAUUCUGCCCACAACUAUGCCACCACCAAUCCCUGGGGCAAGUUAUUCGGGGGAUAGCCUGAAUUAUCACAUGAGGACUCCUCCACCUGGAUUUUUUCCAGUUCAGCAGCCAAUUCCUGCAGUAGCUCCUCAGAAAAGAUACAUAACUCCACCACCUGUAGUCAAUCCUCCAUCCGGAAGUUCUUCCCGUGAGAUUAGUUCGAAGAGCUCACGAGGGGGGAGUCCUAGAAGACGGGAUUCGGAGAAACGGAGACAUGGGGAAAGAAGUUCUUCCUAUUCAAGUCACAGAUCGUCUAGAGAUUACGAUAGAAGAUCUCGAGAUUCGCGGGAUUCUCGAGAUUCACGAGAUGCUCGAGACAGUCGUUCGGUGUCUUCUGAGUCAUCUCGACGGCGUUUCGAUGAGCCCCAUCGAGAUCGUCAGAGUCGCAGUCAGAGUCGCCGGAGUGAGCCAAAAAAGAAAGAGACUGAGAGGGAAAUCCUCCUGGCCAAAUGGCGAAGGAAUUACUGUGAAACUUCUGAGGAUAUCGCGAGGAAACUGGCUGAACUGGCCAAUGACAAGGAAAAGGAACACUGGAUCCGAUCAUCACCUGCUGAUAUCUACUACAAGAGAGUGUCAGAGAAUGUGGUGGAGGGUACAGCUAGACUCGAUGCCCUGUGCUCGCUAUUUGAGGCAGAGCUAGUGGAGAGAUCUGGGAAGAUUAAGAGAACACAGACUCCAUACAAUCCUCCACCCAGGAAGCGAAAGACACGCUUCUGUAGGCACAAAUCAGAAAAGUGUUCCUCAUCGGAAUCUUCGGAUGAUGACCUGGAUCUCGAGGAGGAUUGUACAAUGGAGGAACUUUCGAAGAAAAUCAAUCAUCCUUAUCGACUGCACACGGAUUUGUGGUACAAUGAUCCAGGAGAAAUGAAUGAUGGACCAUUGUGUAGGUGUUCAGCAAAAUCCAGAAGAAGUGGUAUCAGGCAUGGGAUUUAUCCUGGGGAAAAUGGUUUCCCGAGGUGUCAGCUGAACAGCAAUAAUGCAGACAAACUCUAUCACUAUCGUAUCACAAUUUCUCCACCAACAAACUUCCUCACAAAAACACCAACAAUCAUCAAAUAUGAUCAGCAUGAAUUCCUCUUCGAGGGAUUUUCCCUGCUGUCUCAUGUGCCCAUUGGCGAAUUGCCAACGUGCAAAGUUAUCAGGUUUAACAUUGAGUACACAGUGCUGUACCUGGAGGAGAAGAUGCCAGAGAAUUUUACCAUCAGGGAAUUAGAUUUAUUCUAUGCAUUUCUCUUUGGGGAACUCCUGGAGCUCGUGGACUUCAAUCUCAAGCCCAAUCUCGUUUCAUCGGAUGUCUGUCCUUUCUUUCACUUCCUUCCUCGUUUUGUGCGUGAUCUCUCGGACAAUGGCAAGGAAGUUUUGGCAAUUAGUGAAGUGCUGAGGUAUCUUCUGGACAAUUCCGGACCCUUAGUUGAUAGAAAGACUCUUGGGGAUAUGCUGCACAUCAAUCAGAAUAUUUGGCAGGAUUAUGUAGAUGACAUUAAGGGAAUGGUGGUAACCAAUCCGGGUAUGAAGCCAUGUUCCGUGAGAGUUGAUCAACUGGACAGGAAUGUGUCAGAUUUGCCGGAAUGUCGAGAUUCUGAUGGUGUUAUACAUCCCGUGAUUGUCCAUUUCGGCAUAAGACCUCCUCAGCUCAGUUAUGCUGGGAAUCCGGAGUAUCAGAAGGCUUGGAGGGAGUAUGUAAAGUACAGGCACUUGAUAGCCAACAUGUCCAAGCCGACUUACGACGACAAGAGACGCCUGGAGGCCAAAGAGGCUAAAUUGCAAGAGAUGAGAAUGCUUGGGAGAAUGAAGAGAAAUAUCACUGUUGCUGUGAGUUCAAAAAACUUCCAUAGAACCGGGAUUAUGUGCGAUAUGGUCCAGCAUGCAAUGCUUAUUCCUGUCUUAACAUGCCACUUGCGCUUCCAUAGAUCUCUGGAUGUUCUUGAGGAGAAUAUUGGAUACAAAUUUCAGAAUAGGUAUCUCCUCCAAUUGGCCCUAACUCAUCCGUCGUACAAAGAGAAUUUUGGCACAAAUCCCGAUCAUGCCAGGAAUAGUUUGACAAAUUGUGGAAUCCGUCAGCCAGAAUAUGGUGACAGGAAAAUCCAUUAUAUGAACACGAGGAAGAGAGGCAUUAACACCCUUAUAAAUAUCAUGUCGAGAUUUGGUAAAGAAUAUGAGACAGACAGCAAUAUCACGCACAAUGAGAGGCUGGAAUUCCUGGGAGAUGCAGUUGUGGAAUUUUUAACAUCCAUUCAUCUAUUCUUCAUGUUUCCGGAUCUAGAAGAAGGAGGCUUGGCAACUUACAGGGCUGCUAUUGUGCAGAAUCAGCAUUUGGCUGUGCUAGCUAAGAAACUUCAUUUGGAAGAAUUCAUGCUUUAUGCUCAUGGAUCAGAUUUGUGUCACGAAUUGGAACUUCGACAUGCAAUGGCAAAUUGCUUUGAGGCUCUAAUGGGAGCCCUGCUUCUCGAUGGUGGAAUCGAAGUGGCAGAUAAAGUGUUUGCAUCAGCAUUGUUUCUAGAGUCUGAUGAUCUCAAACGGAUUUGGGAGAAUAAUCCUCCGCAUCCACUGCAAGAGCAGGAACCACUAGGUGAUCGCCAGUGGAUUGCUUCUUAUCAAAUGCUCCAGAAUUUGACCAAAUUCGAAGAUGCCAUUGGGGUAAAAUUCCAUCAUAUUCGUCUACUGGCCAGAGCUUUUACUGAUCGCAGUAUCGGAUUUACUCACUUGACUUUGGGUUCAAAUCAGAGACUGGAAUUUCUCGGGGACACUGUUCUGCAACUUAUUUGUUCGGAGUAUCUAUACAGACACUUUCCGGAACAUCAUGAAGGUCAUUUGUCUCUACUUAGGAGUUCGCUCGUCAAUAAUCGCACACAGGCGGUGGUUUGUGAUGAUCUGGGCAUGACUCAAUUUGCUGUGUACUCGAAUCCCAAGGCUGAGUUAAAGACCAAGGAUAGAGCUGAUUUGCUCGAAGCUUUUCUAGGAGCUCUCUAUGUGGACAAAGGCUUAGAGUACUGCCAGACUUUCUGCCAUGUCUGCCUCUUCCCUAGGCUCAAUGUCUUUAUAAUGAAUCAAGAUUGGAAUGAUCCAAAGUCGAAGCUACAGCAAUGCUGCCUAACCCUGCGAUCGAUGGAUGGAGGGGAACCGGAUAUCCCGGUUUAUAAGGUUAUUGAGUCAAUUGGACCAACGAAUACAAGAGUCUACACGGUUGCUGUGUAUUUCCGUGAGAAGAGAUUGGCUUGCGCCACAGGACACAGCAUCCAGCAGGCUGAGAUGAAUGCAGCGAAGAAGGCUCUAGAAAAUUCCCAGGAUCUCUUCCCUCAGCUAGAUCAUCAGAAGAGAGUAAUUGCCAGGAGUGUCAAGAGGCAAAAGAGAUCACCAGAUGAUUCCAAAAGAAGAGAUUCCCCAUCGGAAUCCUCCACUGGCAAUAAGCACAAUCUCUUUGAUGAUUCGAAUCUACCAAAGCAAUACAGAGCUCGGGAAGAUAUUUCAAGUGAAGAGGAUUUCUCGGAUUCUGACUCAAGUUCCAGUGAAAGUUCAAGGAGCAGUUCUAGUGAGAAAUCCUUCGAAAAGCGUCCGAAGAGUAGAAAGCGGAAGCGCUCAGUGGAAAAUCAAACAGAUGAGAAUCUGCAGGAUAUCUUGAGUUCGGUAUCCGACGAAGAGAUUCCGGAAGAAAAAGUGAGCUAUGAGGAAGGGGCUGAGGUUUACAAAGUCGCCAAUACUGAAGAUUUAUCCUCAGAUUUGGAAUCUGGAGAGCUCAUUUAAAUUGCAAAGAUUUUUUCUCAAAAUUAAACCCUCAACGUUUUUCUUCAGAUUUGUGAAUUUUAUAGAUUUAAUCUGAAAUUGUAUAUAAAUAAUAAAAAAAAUCGAAAAGAUAGUGAGUACGAUUUUCAAAAAAAAUAUCUUUAACUGAAUUGUUUUCAAUCAAAUUUUUAACUUAAAUUAAAAAAUCAAGUUUCCGCCAUUUAUCAGUAUUUCCACGCUUUCCAGCAUUCUAAUAAAAUGAAACUCAAAAAAAAUUGAAGAAACAAUAGAAAAAUGGUUUUAUUUAAUGAAACAGAUCUCUCUAAAGCCGGUAAUUUGGGCUAGAAUUAACUAGAUGUAAUCCUUAGUGUCUCCUAUUGUAAUCUAGAAUUAAAUACUAAUUAAAA